AUGUUAUUAACCAAAACUCGAACAGUAUCUUCUUCUCAUCCCACACCAGCUAGCACAACAAGUACAGGACAUCGUAAAACAAUACUAGUUUUUAAUCAUGCAUUUUCAAUUGGUAGUGCUGCUACGACUAGUAUUGGCUCAGCAACAACACCAAAAAAUGAUUCAAUUUUAUCAGAUUCUAGUGUAUUAGAUGAACAUGAUUAUGAAACGACACGUCAAAUAAUGCGUGAUCUUAUUGAUGAAAUUCAAAUUGAAAAACAAUUUAUAAGUUUUAAUGAUAUGUUUCUUGAUCAAGAUGAUAUUAUUGGUUGUUUAUUACGAAUAUUUGAUGAAUGCGCUGAUAAUAUCAAUGGAAUAAAACAAAUAACACGUGAAAAUAUGUUAAAAUUAUUAGAAAAUUCAGAAAUAUUUAACAAUAAUUAUACAUCAUUAUUAUUUAUUAAUGAUUGGAAUAAUUUACGUAAACAAAUGAUAAAAAAGAAAAUCUAUGAACGAAAAAGUAAAGCUUUUGAUUUUUGUGGUUUUGUUCAAUUAAUUGACAUAAUUAAAAAUCGUUUAUAUACGAGUAAAGAUGAAAUUUUAAAGAAAAUCAUUGGUUCUCAAAUUUAUAAUGAUGUUAUUAAAUUAAAAGAAAUUCGAGAUAAAAUUCAACUUGGCUUAUUACCAUCAAUGAAUGCGCUUAUUAAUCAAUAUAAUGAUGUAAGAAAAGUUAAUUUGCUAUUGAGACCUGUACAUUGA